AUGUCCCUGGAGUCCAGGUGGCAGUGGGUUCCCAUUCCUGGAGCUCUUUAUGCUGGCACCUUAAGUCAGAAAAAGCUCUCCCUUCCUGUUUACCGAGCCGUGCUCUUCACAAAGCCUCAGGUGUGCCAGGCAAUUCUUGUAAAGAUGCUUCAUAUGACCCACACCAGCACUCUGGGCCUGGGCUGGAGGAGGAGAGACUCUCCCUACAGCUUUGUCGUAUGUGGAGUGCAGGACUGA